UCUUUCCUACUCCAUAUUCUCCACCCACAUCAACUUUCACUGGAAAACGCAAUGUCUUUUAACUCCAACAAACUCUCCACACAACAAAUCCACAUGCCGGUCAAUGUCGAUCUAAAUCUGAGUCUUCCAAAAAAAUGACAAUUUUGGACCGGAAGAUCUAGCGCGUGUUUUUUUCGCAUUAAGAGUCCACCUUGAAGCUCAUAGAUCGGAACAGUUCGCGUGCAACUCAAGCAGUGCUGGUUUUGGCCAUGGCUUCCGUAUCUCAGGCACUCCUAAGACCUCACAUUGUCACAAAUGCAGGCCACACGAAAAGAGAAUCACAUGCCUGCUUAUCUAUCUCCUCGGGAUCUGCCCACCGAAGAAGUAAUUUGAACAUACAAGCAAGAAGAAUUGCACAAAAAUCAUUUACUGGAAGUGAACAGCACCAUGACACUAGAAUUAGGAGAGGGAUCAGGAAAGUUGGUGUGUGUAGAUGCUCAACAGCUGCCCCAGAGAAGCCUCCUCAAGUGGAGCAGAUUGUAUUGCAGCCCAUCAAUGAGAUCAGUGGAACUGUGAAGCUUCCUGGAUCAAAGUCCCUCUCAAAUCGCAUUCUUCUGUUGGCAUCUCUAUCCGAGGGAACAACUAUUGUCGAUAAUCUUUUAGAUAGUGAUGAUGUGCGUUACAUGAUUGGAGCAUUGAAGACGCUUGGCUUGGAUGUUAAGGAAGAGCGUGAAAAAAACCGAGCUAUAGUUGAAGGCUGUGCUGGUCGGUUUCCAGUGGGGAAACUAGGGUUAAAGGAGGUUGAACUCUUCUUGGGGAAUGCGGGCACUGCGAUGCGUCCUUUGACUGCGGCAGUUACUGCAGCAGGUGGAGCAUCAAGGUACAUUCUUGAUGGGGUUCCACGAAUGAGAGAGAGACCAAUUGGAGAUUUAGUCGUUGGCCUCAAACAACUUGGUGCAGAUGUUGGUUGUGUCCUGAACACUAAUUGCCCACCUGUAUAUAUCAAUGCAAAAGGAGGCCUACCUGGUGGAACGGUCAAACUUUCAGGCUCUAUUAGCAGUCAGUAUCUGACAGCAUUGGUCAUGACAGCUCCUCUAGCUCUUGGAGAUGUGGAAAUUGAGAUCAUUGAUAAACUAGUAUCCAUUCCCUAUGUUGACAUGACACUGAAAUUAAUGGAGCGCUUUGGUGUAAAAGUAGACCGCCACAAUGGUUGGGAGCGCUUCUCUAUAAAAGGUGGCCAAGUUUACAAGUCACCAGGAAAAGCCUAUGUUGAAGGUGAUGCAUCGAGUGCUAGCUACUUCCUUGCAGGUGCUGCUAUCACUGGUGGAACAGUUACUGUGGAAGGCUGUGGCACAAGCAGCCUGCAGGGAGAUGUAAAAUUUGCUGAAGUGCUUGAGAAAAUGGGAGCAAAAGUCAGUUGGAGUGAAAAUAGUGUGACUGUGACUGGUCCACCAGCUGAAAUAUCAAAGAAAAAGCGUUUGAUUGGUAUUGAUGUUAACAUGAACAAAAUGCCUGAUGUUGCAAUGACUUUGGCUGUGGUUGCCCUUUUUGCUGAUGGACCCACUGCUAUAAGGGAUGUUGCAAACUGGAGAGUCAAGGAGACAGAGCGCAUGUUGGCUAUAUGCACCGAACUAAGGAAGUUGGGAGCAACGGUUGAGGAGGGGCCUGAUUACUGCAUUAUCACUCCUCCAGAGAAGUUGAAAUUGACAUCAAUUGAUACAUAUGAUGAUCACAGAAUGGCUAUGGCAUUUUCUCUAGCAGCUUGUGGAGAUGUUCCAGUUACCAUAAAUGAUCCCAGCUGUACCAAGAAGACUUUUCCAGAUUAUUUUGAUGUUUUCAAGAAGGUUACAAAGCAUGGAUAUUGAAAGAGGUCAUGUAUUUUUAGUAUUGUUCAGAUUCUUCUUGGUUUUUGAGGAGUAAGCUAGGCCUGGGGUCCAGAAGGAACGAGUUAAUAAUUCCAGGCUGUACACAUAGAGAGUUGACUGAACAAUAAAUAAUAAAAUGUACUCUGAACCAAAGAUAAUUCUAUUUUUCAAUUCCGAUAUGGAGCUAUCAAGGGAGUGACAAGUUCAAUAUUCA